CACAAAAUAUGUUUAAAACCAUCACAUAAACAUUUUCAAAUAUCUAAAAGGUUUUAAACUCAAACACGAAGGAUUAAGGGAAUUUUGGAAAAAUCAGAACAGAGUCACGGUACCCCUAGCGGUACGCCACACGGUAGGGUAUACCGCCUACACGGUACCCCCAUACCGUGUAACGGUACCUAGGUACCGACGGUAGGCGUAGACGGUUGGCCGAACCCGUCCUAACCAGGUACCGCCAGAGGCGAACCGAACUUUUGGAAGACACGGUACCCCCAAACGGUUAGUCAAGAAUUUGGCCGCAGCUUUGUUUCCCGCCAAAAGGACGAUAAGGAGAAUGAAGUGUCGGGGUUUCCCUGCUUGAGGCCUUGAGCAAGUCAGGAAGGGCAGCAUCCGUCCUCUAAGAAAUGGCAUCUUCUUCAUGCGCCGAUAAUCUUCUGCAGGAAACAUCCACGGCCGACACAUCAGAAAACCACCUCCAGCCAUUCUAUGUUCUCCACAAAGCUUCGAAGUCUCUAAGUUAUGGGAAAUCAACUCGGAGGAAAAGGAAGACCAAAUCCGCAACUGAUGAAUGUCAAACGGACUCAGAUAUCCGCCUAAAAAUGGAUGCUUUUCGUUAUGUGUGGUCCAAAAUUGAACGCACCAUCAAGGAAGUCUUGAGGAGUAUAAAUGCUGAUGCAUUUGAUGAGAUAAGGAAAUGGGUUAUUGAGUCUUUCAAUGCAUUGCAAGGGUUCAAAAUGCCGGAGAUUACCACUAAAGCCAGUCAUUCUUACCCGGUUCUAUAUACUAACAGCGAAGCUGUAUCUCAAAGAAGAUUAUUCACUGGCCUGGUUCUCACCAAAAAUAUGGAAAUUGUUGAUGAUAUAUUGACGUUUGAAGAACUACGUUUACACAUGACACAUCACGGGUGCCAUGUCGCUAAUGUUUCAUCUUUGGACUUCUGUUCUAAAAAUGGCAUUGGUGGGUGUCUAAGAAGUUUAUUGCGACAGUUUCUUUUGGUAGAUGUUGAUGCAGCAGAUAUUUCCCUUUUAGCAUCAUGGUAUGCCAAGGAUGGAAACUGUGAGAAGCCUUUAGUUGUGAUUAUUGAGGAUCUGGAGAGAUGUUGCGGUGCUGUCUUGUCAGAGUUAAUCAUUAUGUUGAGUGAAUGGGCAGUUAAGAUCCCAAUCAUCUUAAUAAUGGGUGUUGCAACGAAUAUUGAUGCCCCUAGAAACACACUUUCUUCACAUGCACUUGGGUGUCUAUCUGCAAGUGCAUUUGUGUUGAAAUCUCCACCCGAGAGGCUGGAUUCAGUAAUUGAAGCUGUUUUUAUCAAGCGUUGGGCUGGCUUCAGUGUUGGUCACAUGGUUGCAACUUUCUUAAGGAAUUACUUCCUAAGACAAGAUGGGACACUAACAUCUUUCAUUAGAGCUUUGAAGAUUGCCCUUGUUCAACUAUUAUCCGUGGAGCCUCUCAGUUUUACGUUGAAGAGAUUAGUUGAUGGAGAAGAAGCUAAGGGACUAUGCGUUGAGGAUCUUGCCAAAUUCUCAAAAACAAUGAUCAGACAUACUUUUCUGCUACCAUCUUACUGCAUUAAUUCAGGAAAUCGAAAUUGUCAGGCAGAACCAGAUCUAAAUUGUCUGGCAAAGGGGUUGUCAGAGUUGCAGAGACUAAAUGAUUUAUGGAGAUCUAUGGUAAUGUGUCUGUAUGAAGCGGGAAAGCAUUGUAAUGUUUCACUACUUGAUCUGCACUGGGAGCUGCUAAAUCCGGAGCUAUGCGUAACCAUGUUUCUGUCGCAUCAGAGAAAAAGGGGAAAAGACAUGCAGGCAGGUUUAUCAGGAUUAGGUCAUGCUUCAGAAAAGCACAAGUUCAUCGAUCAAGUCAUCCUAAACCUGAGCAAUUUACCAGCAGCAAUGUUAGGCCAGUUGCUUAAAACUUGGGAAAUGCUUGUUCAAGGCAACACUGAGGUUCAAACAAAAAUAGUCGAACUGCAAUCAUUGGUGCAAAAUGCUGAUAAUCUACAUUCUAAGAAAGAGUUAACAGAUACAUCAAAGCAUAUAUCUCAGGGAAAAAUAAAAAGGGCAAAGGAUGAGAGUGCCUUGAAUGAGAAAGCUAAACAAUUGGUUUGUGACAUGAUGAGGGAAUACUUGCAGCCAAUUGAGUCUAUACCAUUUCAUGAAAUUGUUUGCUUCAAAGAUGUUGACAAACUGCAAUCAGCUUUGACAGGAAACCCAAGGAGAAGAAUUCAAAGUGAUCUUCUUGAGUUCCAAAAAAUUCUCAAGUGUUGUUGUUGCAGCAAGGGUGGUAUUUUGCUGUCACCAUCCAUGCAUGAUACUUCAAUCAUGUAUAUGCUGGCUCAGGAGCAUGGGGAUCUCAUCAACCUUCACGACUGGUUUCAGUCUUUUAAGGCAACCAUUUCUUGCCGUAAACAACGAUCAAGGCAGCUUCCUUCACCAAAAAAGAGAAAGGUCUCAAGUGUUCCUCAAAACGAAUCUGAUGCAUCAAUACAAGCAAGGUUUUGUAGGGCCAUAAUUGAGCUGCAGAUUGCAGGCUUACUUCGGGCACCCGGCAAAAGGCGCCCUGAUUAUGUUCUAAGGGUAGCAUUCGGAUUGUAACCUUGUGUUUAGGUAUUACGUUGUUUAAAUGCUUAUUUAUUUCUGAAAACCGAACCAGUGGUUCUCAUUGUGACAGUAUAAUCCACUACAACUACUGAAUUUUG